UGAGCCCCGCCCGGCUCCGCGUCCAGCCCUGGGUGACUCCUCCUCCACUAGCUCUGGGGCCUUUACUUUCGUUUUGGUGAUAGUGUCCCUAGACCUUGGCUGCUGAGGGACAGAAACGGCCGCCAGUCCUGGCCACCAGGCCGCGUGGGAAAGAUGGCAGACGAUGAUGGGAAACAGGAAGCUGGGGAUUCAGCAAGCCAAGAUGUAGUUGAUGCUAAGCCAGACCGGUCCUCCUUUGUCUCAUCAUUAUUCAAUAAGAAGAAGAAAAAUGUCCUUGAGAAGACAGUCAAGACCACCCGGGACCAAGUGCCUACAUAUCAAUAUAACAUGAAUUUUGAGAAGGUGGGCAAAUGCAUCAUAAUAAACAACAAGAACUUCGACAGAGCGACAGGUAUGGGCGUCCGGAACGGAACGGACAAAGAUGCCGAGGCUCUUUUCAAGUGUUUCCGAAACCUGGGUUUCGACGUGGUCGUCCAUAAUGACUGUUCUUGUGCCAAGAUGCAAAAUCUGCUAAAACAAGCUUCUGAAGAAGACCACAGAAAUGCAGCCUGCUUCGCCUGCAUCUUAUUAAGCCACGGAGAAGAAAACUUAAUUUAUGGAACAGACGGCAUGAUAGCAAUAAAGGACUUGACGGUCCAUUUUAGGGGGGACAAAUGCAAGACACUUUUAGAGAAACCCAAACUCUUCUUCAUUCAGGCAUGCCGGGGGACAGAGCUUGAUGAUGGGAUCCAGGCCGACUCAGGUCCUAUCAAUGACACAGAUGCCAAUCCUCGAUACAAGAUCCCAGUGGAGGCCGACUUUCUCUUCGCCUACUCCACAGUUCCAGGCUAUUACUCGUGGAGGAACCCGGGAAGUGGCUCCUGGUUUGUGCAAGCCCUCUGCUCCAUCCUGAACGAACAUGGGAAGAGCCUGGAGAUCUUGCAGAUCCUCACCAGAGUGAACGGCAGGGUGGCCAGGCACUUCGAGUCUCAGUCCGAUGACCCGCAUUUCCAUGAGAAGAAGCAGAUCCCGUGUGUGGUCUCCAUGCUCACCAAGGAACUCUACUUCUGCAAAUAACCAUUUCAGGGGUGCAUAGUAGCCAAAAAACACUGCAUCAUUUAUUGAUGAAUCAGUUUUGUUUUUUUUUUUAAUGCUCUCGAAAUAUCCAGAAAUUCUAAAGGAUUUUAAUUUCAGGAAAAUUUAUUGAUUCAAGGGGAAAGAAAUUCCUGGUGCUGUCUUAUGUUCUAUGAAUCUUCAGAGACUUUUUUUUUUUUUUACAGUGUUAUCUAUUUGAUAACUUUGUAAUUUUCUCUUAUGAUUUUUUUUGUUCGUAUUUUUUUCUUCUCGUCACAGUACAUACAACAAAAAUGACCUCUGCAGAUGACCCGUGGCUGUGUCCACUGUGAUUGGUGGCGAUGUUGGUAGACAGUCAGUCACAUUCGUACCUGGCAAAGAGAGUCCUAAUGCUUGACAAAACACAACCAAGGGGGUAGUCAUUCUCUUCUGUUGCAGAAAAUGGGUAUAAAGUAUGGUUUGAGGGAUUUUUCAGUGGCUUAGGGCAGAUUCUCAUGCCGUAAUUCCAGAUAAGUUAGAGGGGAAAAUAAUUUAACAAUUUUAAUAUGUAUCAGUCAGGAUCCAGUCAAGAAAACAGAAACCAUUCUAAGUAUUUCAAUAGAGGGAAUUUAAUAGAGGAAAUUGACUCACAUUAGGUGAUAGGAGAGAAGCCAAAGCCAAAUAAAUGGAAACCGUUAACACCUAGGGCUGUGAGGAGGUGUGUGCGGUUCCCUGAGUUCAGAAGCUGCGGUCCUCCACGGUAGUUGGGACCAUGGUGGGGGCUGCCUGGUGGGAGCUAGGACCACUGAGGAGUUAGAGAAAAUGGAGCCGUGGCAGGGACAAAGCCACUGCCUGAGAUGGGGUAACACUGACUCGGACAUGGAGAGAUACCCUGUCUUCACUUCUCCUUUUGCCCUCCAGUCUUCUUCCAGCACCUUACUCUUCCAGCCCUACCUGGAAGCCAGCUGACAAGGACGCUGAGAAUUACAAGAGCAAAGCAAGAGAGAGCGAGGCAGGGAGGAACAAGAUGAUGUAAGCCUGCCCAUAAUGUGAACAGAAGUAAUCAUAUUCCUUGAUGUUCAGCAUUCCCUCCAUUCAGUCAUUCAUUUAGUUGUCAGAUAAUCUACGUAUUGCCCACUGUGUGCAAAAUAAUCUGUUUUAGCUUUGAGGUAUACCUGGAACUUUUUAGAUUCCAAGCCUUAUUCUAAGUAAAUUUUGUAUUACCUCUAAUUCUCUAAGUGAGGGAAAGUUUAUGGCAAAAUUUUUUGCAUAAAAAAUGUUAUCUUUUGAAUUCUUGAUAAAUGACUAUUUUAGGCUGCUUAAAAACUGGUUAACAAACAAUUGUUCAUAUUUAUUGAUUAAAAUCGAUUGCCUAAUUCCUAA